UGACAAGUCUGUAACAGGUUUGCUGCAGAGGCCGGUCGAAUUGUGUAGUAGCAGAGUGUCCAGGCGAGUACAAGAUGACGGCCAUACGAAAUGCUUUUAUUUUUUUGUCCUUCGCCAUCGUCUGCUUGGCGGACGACUCGACAAAUUUGGCCAGUCCUAAAACAACACCGGCGGACAAGAAAGUGGUGUGCUACUUCACAAGUUGGAGUCAAUGGAGGAAAUCACCCUACAACUUCACCCCGGAAAGUAUGGAUGCCUUCGCCUGCACUCAUAUCAUCUACGCUUUCGCAACCUUCGGCCAAAACUACAACCUUGCGCCUUCCGACCCCGAGGCGGAUAUAAAUAAAAAGGGCUAUGCCAAAGUAACGGGUCUGAAAAAGAAAAACAAAGAUCUGAAGGUGAUGCUGGGCACUGGAGGAUGGGUCGCCGGAUCGCUAGGAUUCGCUGAAAUAACAGCCAAUGAAACAACGAGGAAGAAGUUCGUUGAGCAGGCUGUCGUGUUUCUAAGACAACAUAACUUUGAUGGUAUGGACUUGAACUGGCAACAUCCUACCUUCAGGGAGGGUGGAACACCGCAGGACAGGGAAAACUACGUAGCUCUAGCCAAGUUAUUACAAGAAAAAUUCGAAAAUGAAGCUGCAGAGAAGAAACGAACAAAACUUCUACUUUCCAUCGGCAUUUCUCACAAUUUAAAAUCCUUGCCGGCGUACGACAUAGAGAGUUUCAAUAAGUACACUGACUUCAUCAGCGUCAUCUGCUACGAUUAUACCUUCUCCUACGUGACAACUGCCAAUCAUCAUUCUCCACUGUAUGCACUGCCGAACAGCACGGAUAAGGAUUUGAAACUCAACGCUAACUACACGAUCAACUACUUCCUCAAAUUCGCCGACCCUGAGAAGUUGGUACUUGGGAUCCCCACCUACGGUAGAACAUACACGCUUGAGGAUGAGAAGGAGAGAGAUUUUGGGGCAGACGCUGACGGUCCAGGGACUGCGGGAAAAUAUACAGGGGAGAAAGGCUUCCUGGCUUACUAUGAGAUUUGCACUAACAUCAAAGAGCAGAACUGGACCGUUGUUGACUCUCACCCAGAAGCCGUUGGACCUUAUGCUUACAAGGGUAACCAGUGGGUGGGCUAUGACGACGUGCAUAUGAUCCGAUCAAAGACGAGGUACGCCAAGGAGAAGGGUCUUGCGGGGGUCAUGUUCUGGACUGUCGACUAUGACGACUUCGUCGGUUCCUGCAACGGCGAGAAGUUUCCAUUGAUCAACGCUGCAAAGAAAGAACUUUUCUUGACCAAAAAACCUCUCUCUCAGGUGGCAAGGUCUGGCAAAGUUCACAUCACAGGUCAAGGUCAGAUGACCUACGAGACAACUGGUGACCUUGAAAUGACAAAUGGCAAUCUGCAACUAUGCGUUCAAUUACUAUACUGUACCCGCGUCCCCCUACAAGCUAUCAGUGGUCGACCGACUCGACGGGGAGUUAGCAAGAUGAGAUCCCUAGUACUGUUUCUAGCAUUGGUAUACCUGAUAUCUUUAGCCCAUGCCGAAACCUCAGCAUCUACUCCUGGUAACCAUGUGAUCUGCUACUACACUUAUUGGAGCUCUGGGAGGAAUCCUCCAUACGACUUCAAACCUGAGGACAUCGAUGCCUUCCUUUGUACCCAUAUCAUCUACGCUUUUGCUAUCUUUGGCAAGAACUAUGACUUCGAUACGACUCAAGGAAACUUCACUGAGCUUCAACCUCGGUUGAUGACGCUGAAGAAGAGAAAUCCAGAUCUGAAGAUAAUGUUUGCAGCUGGAGGUUGGAAGGAGGGAUCAACAGGGUUUGCCGAGAUAACAAAGUCUGAGGAAACAAGGUCGAUAUUCUCGAAAAACGUCGUGUCGUUCUUACGGGAGAACGACUUUGAUGGAAUUGAUUUAAACUGGCAACACCCAACAGUGAGAGAAGGAGGAAAACCGGAAGAUAGGGAAAAUUAUGUGUACUUGGCACAGAAUCUGAGAGAUGAGUUUGACAAGGAAGCCGUGAUAUCUGGUCGUGCUCCUCUGUUGUUGGCUAUCAGCAUUACCCAGUUGAAGAAAGCGUUGCCUGCCUAUGACAUACGAAACUUUAACAAUUACAUGGACUUCAUCAGCGUGCUCUGCUAUGACUACCAGUUCUCGUUCACCACCGUAGUGAAGCACCACGCCCCUCUUUACGCGACAUCGGACGACGAGGAUGAUAAAGAAUUGAACAUUGACUACACUAUCAAUUACUUCUUAGAGCGAGCAGCUCCGGAAAAGUUGGUCCUCGGCAUCCCAACAUAUGGUCGUACAAAGAGGUUGAUAGAUCCUGAAGACACCGACCUGGGCGCCGAAGCCGACGGAGCUGGCGAUAAAGGCCCUUUCACAGGGGAAGAUGGCUUCUUUUCUUACUUCGAGAUUUGUUCCAAGAUUAAGAACGAAAAUUGGACAGUGGCGCACAGUAAACCACACGGGUCUGUUGGACCACACGCCUACAAGGGGAACCAAUGGGUUGGCUACGAUGAUCCCAACAUGGUCCGGACUAAGGCUCGCUACGCCAAGCAGAAAGGUCUCGCAGGAGUUGUGUUCUGGACUAUUGACUACGACGAUUUCCUGGGGUCCUGUGGCAAUAACAGGUAUCCUCUGAUAAACGCUGCCAAGGAGGAACUGAACAUGAUACCUUCACGAGAAGAGAGUGUGAUGGUAUUUCCGGAGGAACCAACAAGACGCACUUCAAAACCCGUAGCACGCCCAAAACCAACACGGGUUGUUACAACAAAGAAGUUGAAAACUGAACCUCCUACAAAAUCACCGGCCACUACAUCAACACCUCCCUCCACUACAAGGUACAGACCUGCAGCUCCUUUAGUUGACGUUUCCCCUCCUUCAGUAGAUCCUCCUAUACGCUCCAGAGCCCACGGUCAACACGAUGACCAACCUGAUGAGAACGAUCUUCAACCUGACCUGGUGGUUGAACUUUUACAGCUGAUCGAGAAAGCAGGAGGAAUGAAAAACUUCUGCAAAACCCUGCGAGAAGCGAAGAACAUUUACAAACGUACGAGAGGAACGUCCUUCUCUGCGAGAAGAUAUGACGACAUGAUCGUGGACGUUCCCAGCCUGGAGCCACUGAGACUACUCAUAACUAACUCGUCCAUAACCAUACAAGAACUGAACAUUUAUGGACAACCAUGAUCUGUGAUCCAGAACCAAUAUUAAUCUUCGGAAAACUUCACUUGCUUUAACGCGGACAUCACAACUGAAGUGGGCCAGUCAAAUGUGUCUACCAGAUGCUGUGUACUGCUUAAUGUUACAUUUUGGUGUCUACUUCUUGUAAUCUAUGAUUUUAUCUUAGUUUUCGGAACUUUGAUACAUUAUGUGACACAAUACAUGCUACAGUACUCAAAUAAUUGUUGUUUAUGACAGAAAACAGACUUCUACGUCAAAAAUGUUUAAAAAAGGUUGCCACAACACAAACAAGAAGGGAAAUGAUUCUCUCACCAAGUUAAUUAAUAAGUCAUUUGAAAAAAAAUAGGCCCAGUUCACUUGGUAAAUGAUUAGAGUCAAAGACUGUGAAACGCUUUUGUUUUAUAAACUUAAGAUGUAUAUAAACUAGAUGAUUGUGACUAAUGUAUGGAUUUGCGAACAGAACAUUCUUAUAUACACACAAAAUACAUUUUAGCAUUAUUUAAGAAUUAGUAAUUUAAUAGUUUUUGUUUUUUUCGGAGUGUUUUACGGGGGUUAUCGUGGUUUCAAGAGCUGAUUUUGGUAUGCAUUACUAUAUUUACUUUUAACUACUGGAUUUUAAAAGACUGAUGCUAUUCAAAAUAAGUUUUCGAUUGUGAUAAUUUUCUGUAAAAUAACUUAUAUAAUCAUUCAAACGCUUACCAUACACGUUGUACAUUUUAUAUGGCGUCCUUUUUCAUUGCACUUCAUUGUAGAAGACCGUCUGAGAAUCCAUAAACGUGAAUUAGAAUCAUAUUAACACCUUCUACCUAUGUGAUGCAUUGUAUCCAGGCACUAAUUGUACGUGGAUUUGUAUCCUAUAUUUCUAAUUAAUUUAUUCUAACGAUUCUGGUUAUGUAUAGAGAUACACUACUUUGCUUUUCCUGUUACAUUUAAUUAAGGUUGGCCCUAAGAAAAGUACGAAAUGCGGCCAAUGAUUUUUUUUUUAUCAAUUAAUCCAGGCUCUCUCUCUUUUUUCGAUUAUGAAAUGCCAACCCAAAUUCAAAUAGAAAAUAUUUCAUCUCAACUAAGUAAGUCAAUGUUUGUAGCAAACGGUUAAAUUAGCAAAUUAUGAUGACUUUUAACAGUUAACACAUCUUCCCACUUUUAAUUUCUGACAGCAGCUGGAGUUUCAUAACAAUGUUUGUUUCCCAUGUUAAUCUUAUAAAGAAUACGAAACUUUAAAGGGCCCCAAGGCCCUCACUCUCUAAUUAUUUCCAUAAAAAAAAGUUUCCUGCACAAUUUCACGUUACGCUCUUUCCAAUGACACCAAAAACAUGUCAAUCGGUUCAGUAGUUUCGGAGGAGUAAUUGUCACAAAAAACCUGCUUGCGUAUUAAAUAAGUACUAGUGGUCGUCCUGUGGUCGAAACUCGACCAAAAAUAAUUAUUUUACAGAUUUCUCUAUUUUCUCCCC